AUGGAUGCCAUGGACAUAGAUCCCGACGGUAGGAAGUAUUUGUGCCCUCCGCCCGGCUUCUUCGAAGCUCUCGCCGAUUUUCCGGACUACGAUGACCUCCCUCCCAAGCACAAGACCGUGCAGCACAAAGCUCAUAAGCACCUGAUCUGCCUCCCGCAGCGCGAAGAAUUGGAGAGAAAUAAGUUGUUCGCUAAGCAUACGAAGGAGCUGGAGGAGUUUUAUGCGAAGUUGCCGGAGCAGUGGGAUCCAGACACGGUGGAGUACGCAGUCUCGAGUGGGAGGCCGGCGGAGAGUAUGUGUUUAUUACCAUCGACGAAGGCCUUGCUCAACACUACAAUCUCGACGAAUUCUUCAAUGGAUCUAAGCAGCAUCAAGGCCGCCAUCUGCACCCUCAUCCCCACCAACACACCUUCCGACGACAAACUCUCCCUCAACGAACUUACCCUUCGCCUCGGUGCUGUCGCAGUGAGUCUCCGUUCAUCGAUGGUGGAGGAGUAUGAAGCGUUACGAUUUCGUCAACUCGAGGAGCGGAAUUACUUGCACAAGAUGUUGAAGGAGGAGCUUGGUGGGAUGGAUCGGGUACCGAGGAUGCCGGCACGGGAAGUGAGGGAUGUGGGUGUGGGACAGCAGGGUGUUGAACAGCAACCAGCAGUGCAACGGCCUGCUCAAGGCCUUCGUCUCGAUACAACCGCACCGCCUUCUUCCAUCCCACUAAAACGCGGUAUUUCCCCCUCUGUCGCAAAUGCACCGCGCAUUCCUCCUGCACUCCGCACUGAAAACGACCAUGCACUCUCUCCAGUCGCACUUCAUCGACACCCAUUGGAGUUUCCUGGAUACGCUUGUGAACAUUACAGGAACUACGGGUCUUGUCGUCACCGUGAAGAAUGUGUUCGCGCUCUGAAGAUUGAAAAGGAGGAGCGUUCUAUGAGUCCCCAAUACAGCUACGGCGAUGGCCCGGGCAUGCAUCUCAGUCGUGAACGCAACCUUCGGGAGGAUUACCACUCGGAAAGGUUCAUGCAGCCGAACACUGGGCCAACGGUGACAAGGAAUUCAAUUCGUCCGCCGCGGGAGGGCGAUCGAAGCAAUUAUUCGGUCAAACCGGUAGUAGCACCGCGUGCUACGUCUCCGCCUGGAAUCAAGACCCCUGUUGUUUCUCCAGCAGCAAACACUGUUUUGGCUAAUCGGCUUCCAGCACCAGCACAUAAUACCGGUGGUGAGUCAACCCAAACCUCCACGAGGGUGUUGUUCGUCGGCAACCUCCCCUUCGAAACCAAAGAGACAGAUUUGAGAGAACAUUUUGGCAAGGCGGGCGCCAUUCAGCACGUCAACAUACCAAAAAACAAGCAGAGCAGGGGAUACACGAUUUAUGCAUUUGUGUAUUUCGAGACGACGGAGGCUGUGACGCGUGCAUUGAGCAUGCAUGAUCUUGGAGAUUUCUGGGGGAGGAAACUCAGACUUCAAUACGGACGCAUGAAGGAUAUCCCGAACCAGGGCGAGCGAGCCGCAGCGAUGGCAGAAGGAGGAGCUGGUGGCACAGCCAUCCUGAAUCAGUCUGACCCACUCCCCGAAGUCUCCACAUCCCACACAGACGAAGAAGCACACCGUCAAAAGCCCCGUGAAGGUCGUGAGGUCGACCUGUGGAGCGUCUUUACCAGGAUCAACAUCAUCGCAGACCAAUGUGCCGUCAUCCUACCCCUCGUGGGCGCCCAAGUCGAGUUAUUCGCUCAAGGCAAAGUCCCCUUCGCCUCCGUCAUCCGCGAAGCCUUCAACGCGCUCCCUUUUCCCGCAAUGUCCCAUCCAGUCGACUACAAAGGAAUCGGGGAGUUCAUGACCUGGGUCAAUUUGCCGACCACCUACCCACUUGUGCAAGUGGUCGGUAUGGCGAUGGGGCCGUUGUUGUUGGCGGGGAAGCUAUCGUUGCAGGGUGCGAGUAGUGUCAUGGCGAGUGCGCACAAACUGUGUUGUGAGAUUGAGGAGCAGGGGAGGGUGUUGCCGAGUGUGGAGGAGAUGAGGCCGAGGACGAUUAUGGGGGGUGCUGUGGAGGUGAAAUCGUAUGAGAAAGCGAGGGAUCCUAGAUUGAAUCCGUAG